CGCUCUGUGAUUGGCCGAGCUGCUUCCUGUUUCCUGUCGUCCAUACAUACACGUGAAGGUCAGCAAUAGAGCUGUAAGCCUCUCAGAAAUAUACAAAUAUUGCUCUCACAGCCUCAUUUUUAGCGCAACAUGGACGGCAAAGGAGCGACAGCCGACCCCCAGCUUCAACACUUCAUCGAAAUCGAGACUCAGAAACAAAGAUUUCAGCAGCUGGUGCAUCAGAUGACGGAGGUCUGCUGGGAGAAAUGUAUGGAUAAACCCGGGCCAAAGCUGGACUCCAGGACAGAAGUGUGCUUCGUUAACUGUGUGGAGCGAUUUAUUGACACCAGCCAGUUUAUCCUGAACAGACUGGAACAGACACAGAGGAGCAAGGGCUCAUUCUCCGAGACCAUGUCAGACUAAAAACUGUCACUGAAAGGCGUGACAAGUCAUGCACGUGGCCCCUCCUGCUCUGUGACGAGGCGGCCGUUUGGUCUGUGGCUGACCGUAUGUUGCUGAACUCUCUCUCUCUGGAAAAAAGGAACAACAUCAGGUGUUACUUUUUGAUACAAG